ACUCCACUCGCGGCAGUAAGACGAACAGCAAGAUGGCGGUGGCCGUGCGAAGUUUGCAGGACCAGCUGGAAAAAGCUAAGGAAAGCUUAAAAAGCGUUGACGAAAAUAUUAAAAAACUAACCGGUAGAGAUCCGAGUGAAUUAAGACCGGGUCAAAACAGGAGACUCACCAUCCCUGGCCCAGGUGGAGGUAGAGGGCGUGGAAUCAACUUGCUGAGGCGUGGACUCUCAGACAGUGGUGUAGGACCCCCAGCCAAACAGAGGGACAUCGAAGGGGCACUCUUGAGGCUGGCAGGGGUUCAGCGAGCCAGGAGAGAUUCACGCCAUGACAGCGACGCUGAGGAUGAUGACGAUGUCAAAAAACCAGCGUUGCAGUCAUCUGUUGUUGCUACCUCCAAAGAACGUACGCGCCGAGAUCUUAUUCAAGAUCAGACCAUGGAUGAGAGAGGAAAGCAAAGAAAUCGGCGCAUGUUUGGCCUGUUGAUGGGAACUUUGCAGAAGUUUAAGCAGGAGUCUACUGUGUCUACGGAGAAGUUAAAAAGACGUCAAGAAAUUGAGCAGAAAUUGGAAGUGCAGGCAGAACAGGAGCGUAAAAAAGUUGAAAGUGAAAGGAGAGAGCUUUUUGAAGAAAGACGUGCCAAACAAACGGAGCUGCGACUUUUGGAGCACAAAGUGGAGCUCGCUCAACUGCAAGAGGAGUGGAAUGCACAUAAUACUAAGCUCAUCAAUUUCAUUCGCACAAAGACCAAGCCCCCUGUCUUUUACCUGCCCGGUCGAAUGUGCGCAGCCACUCAAAAGCUCCUGGAAGAUUCUCAGAAAAAAUUAAAUGGCAUGUUUUAUGAGAGGCGUAAAGCCUUUGCAGAGCAACUCAACAAAAUGGAGGCUCGGCCAAGGCGUCACGCCCAGCGUACAGGUGACAAGGAAAUGGAGGAUAGCCAUCGGGCUGAAGAGACGAAGAAAGAAGAUCAAGAGGAGGGUAAGGCUGGAGUAGGGCUGACAGGUAACAGACAUGAUGUGGAGAUGGAGGAUGAAGAGGAAGAUUUAGUCGAGGAGGAAGGUGAGGAAAGCUCAGAGAUUAGGGAGAGGGAGGGAGAUCAGGAGCAGGUGGAUGAGAAGGAUAAACAAGAGGAGAGUGAGAGGAAGGCAGAGGAGGAUGAUGAGGAAGAGGAUGAAAAUGUGGGAGUAGUCGAGGUUAAGGAAGAUGAGGAGGAACAGAUGGAGGUCACGGAAGUUCAGAGGGAGGAAGAGGGACAGGUUAAGUUGCAGGUUGAGUGUCCAGAGGCCACAGUUGAAGAGGUAGGUAGUGAGAAAAGAGAGGAAGAACAGGAGAUGGAGAAGGAGUCUCAGGAGGACAUCAUAACAGACUCUCUGCAAACCCUGGAAAGCCACAUGGAAACUGAGGUCGCAGAGUGUAAAGAACCAGUACUGGAAGCCCCAGCACUUAUUGCAGAGGAAAAUGUCACUAAAGAGGAUGACCAUGCUCCAGAGUCCCAACCAUCACAGCCUGAACCUGAUCCAGCAGUCUCAUCUCAAGAGCUGAGCCAAGAACCAACAGUCCAGCCACAAGAAACCAAAGCAGAUACAAAAGGGGCUGCUGAGGAGGUAGUUGACUCUCGCAGUCGGACCAAAGUCAGAGCCAAGAGAAGCAAGAGUCGAAGUAGCAGUAGCUCCUCUUCCAGUUCCUCUUCAAGUUCCUCAAGUGGAUCUAGCUCUUCCUCUAGUGGCUCCAGCAGCCAGAGCAGUUCAUCUGGCUCCUCGUCGUCAUCCAGUUCACGCUCUCGCACCCGAGGCAGGGAUAGAGACACCCGAGACCGCAAACGCCACAGGAGACUAUCUGACCGGGAACGUAAGAAAAGUGGAAGCGAGAGGGGGCACAAGUCCUCCAAAGGCAGUGGGCGUGAGAGUAAAGGCUCCAAAGACAAGGGUUCCAAACCCGACAGGAAGAGGACGAGCUCGGAAGGAAGCAGGUCAGGGAGAAGGUCCUCAAGAAAUGACAGGGAUCGCAAAUCCGAAAGAAAGGAUCGACGUUGAAAAACAAGAAUGCUGUCAAUCUUGUUUAGUUGUCUCUUCUUCAGAGACCAUGUUUGUCAGAACUGUGUGGUUACCAUAGGUUUUUGAAGCGUUUCCAUUUAUUAUAAUUUUUUUUUUAAUUAUAGUCUUCAUCUUCCAGUCUUUUUUCCCUAUUUUUUUCUGGCAGCUGGUUACUUGGACUACAGUGUAUCGUGGAAUUUUAAAAAGUGUAUAAACUCCGUUUUAUGAAACCUCACUAUAAAUAUAAUGGUUUCAUGUAAGACAUCAACACUAUUCCAAUGGAGUAAUAGAACUGUUCCUGAAAUGUGAUUCUCAUGUUGAUCAUUAAACUUUGACUGUGAUGUUGAACGUUUGGACUGUCCCUGUCUUAUAGUAAUUUAGUCACCUACAUUUUCAAGUAUGUGAUGCCAUACUAAUGCGACUAACAUUCUGUAAAUUUCAAGCAUCUCUUUGGACCGUACCUUACAGUGGUGGGAGUUUUUUUUUUUUUGGGGGGGGGUGGAACAAAUUGUCUGCUGUUUUUUGUAUAAAUAACUUGUUAACAUGAGAGAAAAA